AUGGAGGAUGAUAAUGCUAUUGAUAUCUACAAAUGGAUGUUCUCUACCAACAAUGACGAUAACUUCCAUGAUCAAAUGGAAGUGGAAAGCAAUGGGACGUUGAAGGAAGUUGAGCUGAAGAUUCGGAGUAAUGUGUUAGGUGUGCGUUAUUGCAAAGAAGAACCUAUUGAACCUAUGAUUAUUGUGUUGGAGAAAGUAUGCUUGAAAACACUUCCGGAUAAAGAUGGCAAAUUUCCAUUCAUGCUGAAUCUUGACUCUGGAUCAAUAACAUUUUUUUCAAGGAGCGAGAAGCAGCGAGAGGAAUGGAUGGUAAAGAUGUCAACUUGUUCACAUAGAAUGGCUCAGGCAGAGCUUGAUGAAAUAGCUGACAAUUUUUUUAAUACUUGCACUGUUAGUGCUUUUACUCCUCCUGCAUCGAACUCGAUGAGCUCCUUUUAUCUGACUAAUCCCGUGAGGAAGACUUAUAAAUUCUCUAUAUCUCAGAACGUUAGUCUGCACUCUCGAAAGAUCGUAUGUGAAGAAGUGAUGUGGGAGAGUAAACUAUGCACAACAUUACCUAUACAACUGGUUAAAUUAUAUCUAAAGUGGUGUAAUGAAAUGAGUGAACAAUUGAAGAGCCGCUUGUGGUGUGUACCUAAUGAAUAUCUGGACUCAGUUCACGACUGCCUGAGGCAUUUAUCCGCCAAUCAAGAGAUCUUCGUGAAUUCGUUGGAAUUUCUUGAAUCUUAUGCUGGUCCCUCCUUUCGUUCCUCCAUGGAGAAGUUUCGUGUCGCCUUCGCAUCUGUGCCUACUAAUUUGCAUCUGCAACAGUUUUCCAUUGAGGGACAUUCCUAUAAUUACCUCACCGUUGGCACUGCCAGUGCGAUUCCUCUUCGUUUCGCUCAUGGUGGCUUAACAAAGCAACGGGAUUCACUUUGUAACUCAGUGAACAAUCCAAAACAAAUCGACCAUAUCCUCGAUUGCCGAUUUUAUCGAAGACGUCGAAUUUUGCAAGCAGCAAAGUGUACGAUCGGCGAACUAUCAAGGAAAAUCGAAACUGAGUGGCAUAUUGCGGACUAUGGUAAAGUGGAUAAAACUGGUAUACAAUUAAUGGCUGAUAUAAAACAACUCCAUGAAAAUUUGAUUGAUUUAAUUGGCUCUUUCCCAGUUGUGUCCACACUAAUCGAUUAUCUCUCCCAUUGGUCUCGAACUCACAGUUCCACGACACGAUUAUCUCUUGAAAAGUGUUUAUUCGAAAAAUUAAAAGCUCCUUAUUUGAAUUCUCCGAAAACUAGUGUAACUCAAACAGAUGAUUCCAGCCACUUCCAGAGAAGUGCAACUAGUACAACAAGGUUCAAUGUGGAAAGACAUGUUAUACCGGACGGUUUGGAUAGCCAACUUGAUACAAUAGAAGCUUUUCUAAUUAGCUUGAAUACCAAAAUGGCAGUUAUCGAUUCUGUGCCCAAUAAUGAAGAUUCCAGGAAAGAGUACAUGAAUAAUGCAAGACAAACUUUUAAUUCUGUUCUUGAUGCAAUGUUGCAGUUGACGGAAAGUCUUCUUGAUGCUCAACUUUUAGGCUUGGUUUUGGCACUGAAAAAGUCCAGUGAUUGCCAACUCUACUUUCAUAUUCAACUAAGAAGUGAUCUGGUGUUGUCUCAAGCAAUUACCAUAGUGACAACUGGAUUACUAGCUCUCUUGGAGCAGGAAUCAGCGGAACUGCCGGAUUGGUCUACUACUGCUCCACUUGUCACUGUAUUUUCCUUUCUGUCUUGCUACGGAGACGAACGAGGCAUGAUGGAAGAUGCAAGAGAAUGUUGGAUAUCCUUACAUGACCGAGUUUUAUUCAGAUUUCUUCAUACUACCUCAUCCGUUGCAUCAGUUUGUGUACCGACAGUUAGUGGUGAUCGCUCAAAACUUAUCGUCCAAGUGCCUUUGCCACACAGUGUAUACCAGAAUUUGUCGGAAUCUCUUCGAUCGGGCUGUACAUUUAACGUGAAUGCGGUGUUCUGGAAUCUGGGCAUCAAUCACGAAGCCACAUUCUCUCAAUCAAUUGCUGGCGACAGCUCGUUGGAGCCGUCCAUAAAUCUGGCUGCUGUUAAAGCGUUAGCCUCCUAUGCUUCGACUCUGAAGAAUAUAUCUCACACUGCUGAAGAACUUGUUGCCGAACUUACUGCCACUGUAGAGACAAAUCCAACUAACAAGAACAUAUCGAUCUUCCGAUUAGUGAUGGCUGUGAACACUGCACUUCAUGGAAUCGCAGUACUUUGUUGCAAGAGUGGAAAGGACCGUACCUCAAUGGCCAUCACUUAUGAAGAAGGACGAAUCAUACGUGAGAACUGUGGAAUCACUGCUGAACAGAUGGGAGAAAUGAUUGUUUGUCUGCGUAGAGAAGGUGUACGACGUGAAAAUUGUCGUAAAAACAUUGGAAAAGCACUGUAUUCGUUCUCACAUUUCCAGAUAAAUUUCAUUCCCAAAGAGUUUCGGCCUCCCUCAGGCACUUUUGCACAUGGAAUCGCGAGCUGA